GCCGGCGUCGCUUAUGCUCGAAGGAUUGGAUAAACGGCGCUUGAUUUAUAUGAGUCGCCACGGCCGGGCGCUGCUGGAGCACGCCACUGCCAACACGAUCCCGCCAGUGGGGCGCACCUGCAUCACGCACUGCCUCACGCCGGCCGGACGGGUGAUGGCCGAGCUCACGCUGACCACGCUGGACGACCAUCGCUUCCUCAUCGUCACCGGCGCCGGCAGCGAGCUCCACGACCUCAGGUGGCUGCAGUACGUGGCUCGUGAGAGGGGCCUGCAGGUGGAGCUGCGGAACGCCACGGAGGAGCUGGGCGUGCUGAGCGUGGCCGGUCCGCGCAGCCGGCAGCUGCUGCAGCAGCUCACCACACAGGACGUCGGCCGGUUCCCGUUCCUCAGCGCCCGACAGCUGGAUAUCGCCGGAGUGGACACACUGGCUCUGAGGAUCUCCUACACCGGAGAGCUGGGCUGGGAGCUGUACCACGACCGGCAGAAGACGGCCCACAUGUACGAGGCCAUCCUGCAGGCCGGCCAGCACCUCGGUGUGGGCGAUUUCGGCACUCACGCGCUGGAUGUUCUUCGCAUUGAGAAGGGAUUCCGCGCCUGGGGCGCCGAGAUGAGCUGUGAUGUCGGCCCCCACGAGGCCGGCCUGGACAUGUUUCUACGCUCCGACAAGGAGUACGUGGGCAAGUCAGCUGCUGAGCGCACCUUCCGCCAGGGCCUGCAGAAAAUGGUGGUUCAUCUGAGCAUCGACAGUCCUCAGGUGGACCCGAUGGGCGAUGAAACCAUCUACCUGUGUGACAAGGUGGUCGGUAACACGACGUCGGGCUGCUACAGCCACAACACUGGCCAGACGCUGGCCAUGGCCUUCCUGCCGCCUUACCUGGCCGUACCCGGCACAGAGGUGCAGGUGGCUCUGCUGGACGAGCGGCGGCCGGCAGUCGUGCUGCCCGGACCGCCGCUGCUCACCCAGCCGGCCAGGCAGGUGCUCAGCAAACGCCAGGCCAACGCCAAGACGGGCUGACCACUCAGCCGUCAGUGGCGCUGCCCGCUCCGUUGGGCUGUGUGACGACACUCGCUGCCCGCUCCGUUGGGCUGUGCCGACACUCGCUGCCCGCUGCGUUGGGCUGUGUGACGAGUCGACACUCGCUGCCCGCUCCGUUGGGCUGUGCCGACACUCGCUGCCCGCUCCGUUGGGAUGUGUGACGAGUCGACACUCGCUGCCCGCUCCGUUGGGCUGUGUGACGACACUCGCUGCCCGCUCCGUUGGGCUGUGCCGACACUCGCUGCCCGCUCCGUUGGGCUGUGCCGACACUCGCUGCCCGCUCCGUUGGGCUGUGUGACGACACUCGCUGCCCGCUCCGUUGGGCUGUGUGACGACACUCGCUGCCCUGCGCCGUCGACAGAUGCCAUGCUGUUGCUGCUGCUUUGGGUGAUAUUGAUACGAUUUAGGUUGUAGCUGUCUUUUCAUUUCAGUUUAGUGGUUUAUUUACUGGUGCAGAGCGGGCUAUAUUUCAUUUGUGGAAAUAAAUUCGAAACCGAUAACUGCA